AUUUAUAUGUUUUCUCACCAUGAAUUAUCCCACGGGAAUUCAGAACCAACAAGGUAGGUUGGUGCUUUCGGAGUAGCCUGGGAAAGUGAACCUGAAUCAAGUGUGCUUCCAUUUUCCCACCUUUCCAGAUAUGUACUGGAUGGUUGUGACAUAUCUCACAAUUUUGGUACCAGCCUAUCGUGUUGGCCUUGGGGAGCUGAGAAGUUCAAAAUGUGGCCUUAUCUCUUACGACGUUAUUGUCAAUUUGCUUACCUUCAUUGCAAUUCAGGACCUCAAGGCCAAAUUGUUGGAUCAGAUGAGCCCCAGUUUACCGCCAAUUACAGAUGGCAUUAACCGCUUGCAGAUAAUAAAAAACAAUGACCUUGAAGAGUUGCGGGAACUGGGUUCUGGCACAUUUGGGACUGUGUAUCAUGGGAAGUGGAGGGGUACUGAUGUUGCGAUAAAACGAAUCAAUGAUAGGUGUUUUGCUGGAAAGCCUUCAGAGCAGGAUCUUGUGCAGCUGUUCUGUUAG